AUGGUCCCCUCCUUCGCCCCCUUCACCAACAUCAUCAAACUCUCCGUGGACAUUGGUCGAUCCGUUAUUUCAGGAUAUGACGCAUUCCCAGAGAUGGUACUUGAAUUAUUAUCAUGGCUAGGCCCCAACUCAUAUGAAAGAGAAGAGGCACCAAAGAAAUUGCUCAUGGAUGCUCUCGUUGCCAAACAAAAAGGACUGCAAAUGAUGCCCGAUGCUUUACGGAAUAUUGAAACCAUUGGAGCCGAUGUAAUUCUCGCUACUGUUUUGUUUCUCAUCAACUCAGAGCUCAUCGAGUCUGGUUGGCAAGGUUGGAGGCCUCAUCUCGAGGGCGCGAAGAAGCUUUUGAAUAUGAUAGAACCAUAUACUGGCUCUGACACCACUCUGAGAGACUAUAUUGUUGCGGACUGUUAUGUCUAUUGCACAUUGAGCUUGUCUUUCAACCCAUCACAACCAGGCACCCAGGCAGCAUCAUUUGCACCAAAUCAAGUCAAAGAAACACUAUCGCGAACCAACAACUCUUUCUUCUGCUGCCCACCUGAAGUUCUCGACAUCCUCCGCGAGACAGCACAACUUUUACAUGCCGAAGCUCAAGGGAACGUCUCCAGUAAUGAAGCGCUUAUCGAAUUCACCAACCUACUAGACCGCGUACAACGUCUCGACGUCCUCAAAUGGGCAAAGGACAGAAUGCCAGAUGCCAGCAAAGCCGCCCUAUGGAGCAGUGCCCGAACUGGCUCCGCGCACAGACUGGCAACAUGUCUCUACAUAAUCCAGGCAGCUCCCGCACUACGAGCCAGGAUGCCAGACCAAGUUCCCAAAACACUCAUCCAGGAUCUUUACGAGACGCUCCUACCACAGCCUGACGAAGACCCAAACUUCAAAGCCACGGGAUGGCCCACCUUUAUUUAUGGAACAACGGCAACGACUCCGGAGAGCCGGGCGUGGGUUAUGGAUCGAUUGAAGGCGGUAGCGCAAAUCAACCCAUGGGGAUUUCUAUACUCUGCGAUUGAUACGUUGCAGAUUUUGUGGAAGCAUGAGAAUGGCGAUGACGGAUGUAUGAACUGGUUGCAGAAACUCAAGGAUUUGAACGUGGACUUUUUGAUGGUUUAG